AUGGGAAGCACCACUGUCAACCACGUCGAAUCCUCGACUACUUCCAACAACUCUCACGGCUACUUCAACGCUCCCGUGGACAAGACGUCGUCCAGCGAGACGUCCCCCUUGUCGACCCCCGGGCUAAAGGCAGACGAAUCUGAGCACACCGCCGCAAGCAAGCCUAUCCCUGCACUUCUCCGCGACUUCCCCAAGCCACAGGACGAGGUCGACGUGCAGACCAUGCUCGACCGUCAUCCAGGCCGUUGGACCGUCCGGGGCCAGAUGGAGGCCAAUCAGCGACGCGCCAAGCCUGCGCACAACGAGGAGGAGCUCAAGGCCCAGCGCCAUCAAGACUUUGAGAAGGCCAAGCAGGAUCUCCGUGCGUUCCAGGGACACCUUCGCACUUCCUCUGAGCAAUGGCGACCUUGA